AUGACCGAACUCCAUCCUGGACGACUGCUCACUGGAAUGAGGCUGUAUCUGGGUUUGGGACUGACGUCGUCUGGCAGUACGGAAAGUACCACAAUAAAGAAGUAUGUACGGCUGAUCAUAUUUGGUAUAGUUCUGCUGCUGCCGAUUAAAAAUUCAAAGGAAGAUAUCCUCGACUGCGACUACUACGACACCGUAGAUCUAUCGUCCAGCCCGAAAUUUCCAAAUGAUUCGUAUUUGUAUGAAGGCGUGUUGAUUCCCCCUCACUUGACCGGCGAAUACGAGUAUAAAUUACUUCCCGAUAACUCCAGGGAGUCAGUAGCCAAGCAUUGGAGGGGUUGUGUCUGUAAACUUAGGCCAUGUAUAAGGUUGUGCUGUCAUCCCCAUCACAUGCUCAUAAAUGGGGAUUGCGACGACAGUCUGAAGGAACAACUAGAGCGCCAAGACCUCUAUAUAAAUGUCACCCUCGAAGACGGAUCAGUGUCUUCACGACACUUCCGCAAGGACCUGGUGGUGCAGUGGGAUCUGCCCAUGCCCUGUGAAUAUUUGUAUCCCGUGGAUAACCAGAAUGAACAGGAUCAGUAUACCAUCUUUGAGGAUGGCUCAUUUCUACGACACUUUGACAACAAAACCUUGGAUAAAAGGGAGUACUGUUUACAGCCGCUCAAGAUUGAAUCGGAAGAGUCCUUUCGAAUUUUCCCCCACAAUUGUGUGAUUGAGAGUGAACCCGAUAUUGCAAAGACAAUAAUGCUAUCAUUGUCGCUGUUAGGCAUAGUCCUUACAAUAUCCGUAUAUGCCUACGUGGAGAAAUUGAAAAAUUUCCAGGGGAAGUGUUUCAUAAGCUACAUGAUUUGUCUAUUUUUAGGCUACUUGUGCCUCCUUGUGGAUUUAUGGAAACUGGCAGAUAAGUUCUGUGAAACACUCGGGUACAUUGGCUAUUUUUUCGUAAUGGCCGCUUUCUUCUGGCUCUCGGUCAUAAGCCUUCACCUUUGGAACCUCUUCACGGGACGCAAUCUUAAAUCCCUUCCGGAGAACCGGUUCCUGGUCUUUAAUAUUUAUGCCUGGGGCAUGGCGGGAGUCCUAACCGGAGUCAUCUUUACUGUGGAUCAUGUUAUGGAUAGCAAUGAUCCGCAAAACGAAAAGUGGAUGCCAGGAGUAGGUUUCUAUAAUUGCUGGAUUAACACUGAAGGAUGGUCUGCCAUGAUUUAUUUCUAUGGACCGCUGGCGCUCCUGAUUAGCUUUAACAUAACCAUGUUCAUUCUGACGGCUAUUCGCAUCCUACAGAUUAAAAGGAAUCUUACGAAUUUCACAGCUCGCAGCGAGAGGAGACAAAAGCUAACAUCCGAUAAGCAGACUUACAGCAUCUUUCUACGGCUCUUUAUUAUCAUGGGCAUGACCUGGAGCCUGGAGAUUGGAUCCUACUUGGCCCAAGGACACGAGUAUUGGGAGAAUGUGUUUUUGGUGGCUGACUACUUAAACUGGUCGCAGGGCAUCAUUAUAUUCAUAUUGUUUGUCCUGAAGCCCAGUACCUUCCGACUUAUUUGCCAAAGAAUUCGGGGUGAGAAAGAGGAUCAGAACGCCACUGGGUGUGAAGAGGAGAUAUCUCUCGAGAAUAGGUUUUCCAAAAACCUCGAAUAGGCCCCGAUCAAAAUAUAUUUUGAGUCCUACCAGUGUCAAACCUAAAAGUUUACGAGUCUCUACACAUCACAACAACAAUCGU